AUGGGGAUGUUGAAGCUAGUUCUAUUGGAAAUAAUUAUUAAAAAAAAAAUACUUGUUUGCUUGUAUUUUGGUAAGACUUUCGCUAGAGGUGGUAUUAAUAAAGUCAAAAAACAUUUAGCGGGAUUAAAAGGUGACGUGGAUUCGUGUCGUAGGGUACCUCCUGAUGUUAGAUUCAAGAUGAAGGAAAACUUGGAAAUCUUUGCUGCAAAAAUGCAGGAAACUAAAGAUAUUUUUGAUGAGUGUAACCCACAUAAUUUUUAUUAUCAAGAACAAGAAGAGCAAAUGUAUAGAGAUUUAGGUGACGAUGAUGUUCAAGAAAUCAUCCCUCUUAGUUCUAAAGAAAAGGGUGUAGUUAUUGGAAAAAAUGAAAGAAAGGGAAUGAGAACUGCAGAUUUAAAAGAACAAAAAGGAAUUGGUUCUUACUUCAUGCCAAGAACAGGACUUGGUAAUCAACCAACAAUCAAAAGUGUUCUUCAGAGUAAAGAAGCUAUAGAGAAAUGUGAUUUCACUAUAUUGAAAUGGAUGAUUGAUUCGUGUAUUCCUUUCAAUGCUGUAAAUUUUGUGUAUUAUCAACAAAGUAUAGAUGUCAUAGCUAGCAUGGGUCCUAGCUAUAAAGGCCCGAACUUUCACAGUCUUCGUGGUUCAGAAUAUGUGGUUCAUAUGGUGACGAACAAUGUUGCAAAUUAUGUUGUCGCUGGUAGGUUAUUGGAGCAAGAGUUUCAAACAUUAUUUUGGUCUCCAUGUGCAGCCCAUUGCAUUAAUAUAAUGUUUCAUGAUAUUGGUAAGCUUAAUGAAGUUAGUAAUGUAGUAUCUCAAGCAUCAAAAAUCACGAAAUACAUAUACAACCAUUACUACGCAUUACAUUUGAUGAGGAAGUUUGCCAAAAGAAAGGAAAUACUUCGACCCGCUACUACUCAUUUUGCCACUAACUUUAUUACUCUACAAAGCAUAUUGGCACAAAAAGAUCCAUUAAGAGCAAUGGUGACAACUAGAGAAUGGACUUAUCAACAUAUGCAAAGGAAAGUAAAGGAAAAAAGAUUUGUUGAUGAAGUACUUGAUUCUGUGUUUUGGAAAGAAUGCACUACUAUGGUGCAACUUACUGAGCCCCUCAUUCGUGUUCUACGAAUUGUUGAUAGUGAUGAAAGGCCUUUGAUGGGAUAA